UUGAAAAACAAUGCAACUGAGCCAAGCAGCCUUGGCCGCGGUUCCUGCAUAUAAAUUGAACGCAUCCUUCGUGCAUGGGAACACAUCUCUUGCGGAGGUCUUAGCGGCGUUGUCAUGGAUAUUAUUAAGAUUGUUUUGACACUUUGGUUGCUGUAUGAAUCAUGCAACUGUCAACCUGCCCCUGCCAUUCCUCUGCCUUAUGGUUUUCAAGAAGUGAGAGCUAUAGACACUACUGAUGAGGACCACCCCCGCUACGCGUACAACUACGGCGUCCACUCGCCGGACACGGGAGACGUGAAGCAGCAGUCGGAGCAGCGUGACGGCGACCUGGUGCGGGGACAGUAUAGCCUGCUGGAGGCGGACGGGUCGCUGAGGGUGGUGGACUAUGUGGCAGGGGGCAGCAGUGGCUUCACUGCCGUUGUCAAGAGGAUUGGGCCAGGAGGUGGCAGACCGGGAGGCGGCAGACCUGUCAAGCCUCCGCCUCCGGUGACGCCGACUAAGUUCGUCGAGCCGGGAUUCGGAGGUGAUCCAGGGAUUCUUACUUUGAGAAAUUUGGCUGGAUAUGACAAUGGAUACGCUAUAUUGAGGGUUCCAUCACCAUCUCCAGUCAGACCUUACCGACAGUCACAACAGCUUAUAGCGUCACAAUCACUGGUAGCGUCACAACCGCUUAUAGCGUCACAACUGGCGUCACAACCGCUGGUAGCAUCACAACUGGCGUCACAACCGCUGGUAGCAUCACAACUGGCGUCACAACCGCUGGUAGCAUCACAACUGGCGUCACAACCGCUGGUAGCAUCACAACUGGCGUCACAACCGCUGGUAGCAUCACAACUGGCGUCACAACCGCUGGUAGCAUCACAACCGCUGGUAGCAUCACAACUGGCGUCACAACCGCUGGUAGCAUCAGGCGUCAUUCCUCCUCAGUAUUAUUCACGUCAGAGACAAUCAGCUCCCUCCAAUUUUUAUAAUUUUCAAUCGCCCUAUGAAUAUUUGACUUUGGGACAUCGGAAUUUGAUAGCAGACUAUCAACAACAAUUUCAACCCACACAAUAUUACUUUCAAUGAAAUUGGUCUCUGGAAUAUUAUUGUCGGGGUAAGAUGAAUCUGGUAUCUGUUUCAUGGAAAUUAUGAACUAAAAAUUCACAUGCUUCAGGAUAAAUAACAAUAAAAUUAUCCAUAAUACAUUAUCGAACAUACACAACACUUAUGAGCAGUUUUAAUUAUAACUGUUUUCAAUCGUCAGGGAAUAGGUAUAGGCCUAUAUUUUGGUACUUGAGAGUCCAAUGAUGCAGCCUAACAGACCAAUGAACAAACAAUGCUCAAAAGACUUUGAAUAUUUGAAUUACAAAUAAUUUGAAUUUUACUGUGCUUAGUUGAUAUUAGUAUUGUCAAUGUCAAAGUGAUGAAUUGCAUUCAGUGCAGUAUAAUCUGUGUGUCGAUUAUGAAGGUAUUUUUCUUGCAAAUCACAUUAAUUUCACCCAAUUGCUCUAUUACUUUUACGAUGUCAAUAUUAUAUUUAUUCCAAGGUAUUGAUAUUUUUAUUUCAAAAUCGUCUCUUGAUCACUUUUUUGAAAUCACAAUUGUCCACUUUUUUCUCUCUCAAAUGAAUUGAUCUGACGUUUUCCACUGGAACAUACAAAUUUAUUUUAUUUA